UCUUUACAUGGGGCGAGGAAAUAUAGCAAAUUCAGUAUAAAAAUCUCAGCUUUGCUGCUCCAAUGUGGACGCUGAUGCCUUUUCCUUAAAGCCUCGCCAAGCCUCACGUGCCUGCUGUUAUAACAGAAAGAAAAAAAAUAUAUAUAAAAGAUUUCCGAAGGGGGCAUGCACAACAAAACACCAUCAUCAUCACCAUCAUCUUCCAUCACUAUCCAUUAAUGCUUACUACACCUCGGUCCCUCACUCAGCAAGACCCCCCCCCCCCCCCCCCCCCCCCCCCCCUUUCAUGCUUGCUCCAUUAUAUAAACUGAGUAGCUGCGAGUGAAAAUGGAUGAAGGGUCUGUUGUUUCUUUUCUGCAGUAGAAGGGGUUCUUGAAGUUGUUUUCAGAUGGGUAAAGCUUUGGUCUUUUUGGGUUUAUUAGCGGUUGGGCUGUUGGGGUUGGUCGGCGUCAGCGGGUUCCCAGCCGAGGACUUGGUGGCGAGGUUGCCCGGUCAGCCCGAGGUCGGGUUCAGGCAGUUUGCCGGGUACGUAGAUGUCGAUUUGAGACAUGGGAGGAGCUUGUUCUAUUACUUUGUUGAGGCAGACAAGGACCCCGACAAGAAGCCUCUCACCCUCUGGCUCAAUGGAGGCCCAGGAUGUUCGUCUGUCGGUGGAGGUGCCUUCACUGAGCUGGGCCCAUUUUAUCCUACCGGUGAUGGUCGAGGACUUCGAAGAAAUUCCAUGUCAUGGAACAGAGCCUCAAAUCUCCUUUUCGUUGAGUCUCCUGCAGGAGUAGGAUGGUCGUACUCGAACACGACUUCUGAUUACAGUUGCGGGGAUGAUUCCACUGCAAUGGAUAUGCAUACGUUCUUGAUGGGAUGGUACGAGAAAUUUCCGGCGUUCAAGACAAGAGAGUUGUUUCUCGCAGGAGAAAGCUAUGCAGGGCAUUACAUACCACAGCUAGCAAUCGUUCUGCUCGACCAUAAUGCGCGUUCGACCGGUUUCAAGUUCAAUCUCAAAGGAGUUGCUAUAGGGAACCCACUUCUCAGAUUGGACUAUGAUGCUCGAGCCACAUAUGAGUUCUUCUGGUCCCACGGAAUGAUCUCUGAUGAGAUUGGGCUUAAGAUCACGGGGGAGUGCGAUUUCGAUGAUUACACCUAUGCAAGUCCCCACAAUGUGAGCGAAUUGUGCAACGAAGCCACAAACAAAGCCGACAGCAUCGUUGGUGACUACAUAAACAAUUAUGAUGUGAUCCUCGAUGUCUGCUACCCGUCCAUUGUGGAACAAGAACUUAGGCUGAAAAAACUGGCGACCAAGAUUAGCAUUGGAGUCGAUGUAUGCAUGACCUACGAAAGGCGGUUCUACUUCAACCUUCCCGAGGUUCAGAAGGCUCUUCAUGCGAACCGAACCAAUUUGCCUUAUCCAUGGUCUAUGUGCAGUGGAGUUUUAAAUUACAGCGACACGGAUGGCAACAUCAACAUUCUACCGUUGUUGAAGAGGAUAAUCCAAAACCAUAUACCGGUCUGGGUUUUCAGUGGUGAUCAAGAUUCGGUCGUGCCACUGCUUGGUACUCGAACUCUUGUUCGUGAGCUAGCUCAUGACUUGAAGUUCGGGAUCAGUGUACCCUAUGGAGCUUGGUUCCACAAAGGCCAGGUGGGUGGUUGGGCGACCGAGUACGGGAAUCUGCUGACGUUUGCAACAGUCCGUGGGGCUGCUCAUAUGGUGCCUUACGCGCAGCCUUCGAGGGCUCUACACUUGUUCAGUUCAUUCAUCCGGGGCCGCAGGUUGCCCAACACGACGCGUCCUUCAAUUGAUGAUUAACUGUGUAGGAUCCUACGAGUAGUUUGCAUUGUUGCUUGUUGCAUUCUGGUUGUUUGCAAUCUCUUGACAUUUCCACUCCCUGCAAAGGCAAUAAGAUAAGAAAGAAAGGAAAUGUUCAAAGGAAAUUGAGCCAAAAAUUGGCGUUUUCCUAUGUUCUAAAUGAUAAAUCGAUUCAUUCUCGAA